UCGACGGCGGUUAGAUCCUUUCGGAACUGGGUUGAAGAUCGUUGCCAGGAAUCGAAUUUCCCGGAGGAAGCUGAGGAAAAUGGCACCCAAGGGACUCGCGAUCCGGGUCACGUUGACGUUGAUCGCGGCCUCCGUGGGCCUCGCGGAUAAUACCUGGCCGUCCUGCGUCGGAAAGACCAUCCUGAGAUCCGGCGGCUUAUCGUGCGAGGAGAAACAGGCCAUCUUGGACGAGCAUAAUCGGCUGAGACAACUGGUGGCUCUGGGGCAGAUUCACGGACAGCCGGGGGCCGCGAAUAUGAGGGAAAUGGUCUGGGACGAUGAAUUGGCGACGAUCGCUCAGAAAUGGGCGGAUCGAUGCGCGGAGAACCACGACAAUCUACGAAACGUCCAAAGGUUCGCGGUUGGCCAGAACAUCGCGAGGACCUGGACGACCAGGCCCCCGGGGCCCUAUGACGGUCAGCCGAACUGGCGACAGCGGAUCACCGAUUGGUUCAACGAGGUGCAACAGUAUCAGUCUGGUUACAGCGACGCGACCGGUCACUAUACACAGCUCGUCUGGGGUGACACGUUCCUUUUGGGCUGUGGUUACUCGUUCUACUACGAUCCCGCCAGGGGCUACACGAAGAAUUACGUUUGCAACUACGGGCCGAGCGGCAACGUUCUUGGCUACCAGCCGUACCAAUCCGGCCAGCCAGCUUGCGGCAGCUACGGGAUGUCUUACUCGAAUCGAUACGCCGGACUUUGCUCUCGUGGCAGUUACUACCAUUUAGGCGCGUACUGCGCGUACGGCUAG